GCGCCGGGUAGAACCCGCAGCAUCGGAGCUGCCAGGUUCUCCCGCCUUCAUUUCCCAUCGUGCUGAGGCUGGUGGCAUGGCGGAGAAGGAUGACACCGGAGUUUGACGAAGAAGUGGUGUUUGAGAAUUCUCCACUUUACCAGUACUUACAGGAUUUAGGACACACGGACUUUGAAAUAUGCUCUUCUUUGUCACCAAAACCAGAAAAAUGCACAACAGAGGGACAACAGAAACCUCCUAUAAAAGUAGAGCCAAAACAAGGCAUCCUGUUAAAAGUAACACAAACUGUCAGCAGUUGGAUUUUCUCUCCCCAAGACAGUAAGAAAGAUGACUUACUUCACAAGUUGGAUAUUGGAUUCCGACUCGACUCACUACAUACCAUCCUGCAACAGGAAGUCCUUUUACAAGAGGAUGUGGAGCUGAUUGAGCUACUUGAUCCCAGUAUCCUGUCUGCAGGGCAACCUGAACAACAGGAAAAUGGACACCUUCCAACACUUUGCUCCCUGGCAACCCCUAAUAUUUGGGAUGUCUCAGUGCUACUUGCCUUCAUUAGUUUGCUCCUUGUGCUUCCCAGUUCGUGGAUUGUGUCUUCCUGGCUGGUCUGGGGAGUGAUUCUAUUUGUUUAUCUGAUUAUACGAGCCUUGAGCUUAUGGAGGACAGUCAAAUUACAAGUGACCCUAAAAAAGUACACUUUUCAUUUGGAAGAUAUGGCCAUAAACAGCCGCGCAUUUACUAACCUUGUAAGAAAAUCUUUACGUCUCAUUCAAGAAACCGAAGUCAUCUCCAGAGGAUUUACACUUUUGCUUGACAGGGUCAGUGCUGCUUGCCCAUUUAAUAAAGCUGGACAGCAUCGCAGCCAGCAUCUUCUCGGUCUUCGGAAAGCUGUCUACAGAACUGUCAGAGCCAACUUCCAAGCAGCAAGGCUAGCUACCUUAUAUAUGCUGAAAAACUACCCCCUGAACUCUGAGAGCGACAAUGUAACCAACUACAUCUGUGUGGUGCCUUUUAAGGAGCUGGGCCUUGGCCUCAGUGAAGAGCAGAUUUCUGAAGAGGAAGCACAUGAUCUUACAGAUGGUUUCAGCUUGCCUGCUUUGAAGGUUUUGUUCCAGCUCUGGGUGGCGCAGAGUUCAGAGUUCUUCAGGCGGCUAGCCCUGUUGCUUUCUCCGGCCAGUUCACCUCCGGGGCCUUCGCAUGCUCCAGCACUGUUGCCUCAUCGUAUUUUAUCUGAUGUGACACAAGGUCUACCUCACGCUCACUCUGCCUGUUUGGAAGAGCUCAAGCGCAGCUAUGAGUUCUAUCGGUACUUUGAAACUCAGCACCAGUCAGCUCCACAGCGCUUACCCAGACCUCAGCAGAAGUCAAGAGAACUGAAUAACGUUCACACAGCAGUGCGCAGCUUGCAGCUCCAUCUGAAAGCGUUACUGAAUGAGGUAAUCAUUCUUGAAGAUGAACUUGAGAAGCUUGUUUGUACUAAAGAAACACAAGAAGUAGUGUCAGAGGCUUAUCAAGUCCUAGAAGAAAAAUUCAAGUUGAUCAAACCUCAUGUGCAAGCAAGCAACAAUUGCUGGGAAGAGGCCACUGCCCAGGUGGACAGAUUGCUACGAAGAAACACGGAAAAUAAAGGCAAGCCUGAAGUCACUUGUGAAAAUCCACAUUGUACUGUGGUCCCUUUGACGCAGCCCACUCUCCACAUUGCUGACAAAGAUCCAAUCCCUGAGGAGCAGGAAUUGGAAGCUUACGUAGAUGACGUAGAUAUGGGCAGUGACUUCAGAAAGGAUGAUUUCUAUUACUUGACUCAAGAAGACAAAGAGAGACAGAAGCGUGAGCACGAAGAAUCCAAGAGGGUGCUCCAAGAAUUGAAGUCUGUGCUCGGAUUUAAAGCUUCGGAGGCGGAAAGGCAGAGAUGGAAACAGCUUCUGUUUAGUGAUCAUGCUGUAUUGAAAUCCUUGUCUCCUGUAGACCCUGUGGAACCUAUAAGUAUUUCAGAAUCCUCAAUGAAUUCAAACAUGGGAAAAGUCAGUACAAACGAUCCUGAAGAGGAAAAUAAUAAAUCCUCUCCAGCAGACAAUGAAAUAAGUAGGACUGAGUAUUUAUGUGAAAACCCCAUAGAGGAUAAAAAUAAAGACAACUCAGCAAGUGAACCCUGCCUGCAAGGAGCCAAAGAAGGAUUGUACUACCAGUGUGACAGUGAAGAUGAGUCGCAGCAGGCAGACGGAGGUGGCCUGGUCGCUGCUCCUGCAACUGCCAAGGAAUGUUUGCUGCCCUCUAUCAAGCAGAGACUGGCACAGCUACAGCUGCCAGCAGAUCUUACCUUCACUGCUGGUCUCGCAGCACAAGUGGCUGCCAGAUCUCUCACCUUUACCACCAUGCAGGAACAGACUUUUGGUGAUGAGGAAGAAGAACAAGUCAGAGAAGAUAAUGAAGAUGAAAUAGAAGCAAACUAAGAACCAAGAUUCACAGGAAGCAAUUGUAGAUUGUUCCUUAUACAAAAGUAUUUUAGCUUCACGACUGGGAAGGGAAAGUGAGUGUAAGUUUACUGUAUAAAGAGCUAAGAUGAGAAUUAACAGAAGAACCUUGGUUCAGAGAACCAAAUUAAAAUUAAUAGUUAAAAUUGGCAGAUCUUUUAGGAAAAUAAGAGAAAGGUAAGGGCUCUUUUGAAUAAACUGCUAUUUUGUGGCACAACUGACCAAUCUUGGAAAUCCUUGAAAUACUUUUAAUAAGAAAUAAGUUUGCCAUUUCUUGCUAGAAUUUACUGCCCGUAAGAUGACUGGGAUAAUUUCAUUGCAAGAAGAUUGACCUUUGAUAAUAUUCCUUUUUACUGUAUUCUUGCAGUUAACAACUGCAGCCAUUAUGUUAAUAACAAGUUGUUUGUAUUUUGUUUCUACCAGUCUUAAAGAUACAGGUUCUGAAUAAAAAAAAAAUUCA